AUGGCGGAUACGGUGGAGACCGACGGCGCCUCGCUCAAAGCGACGCACAACGGCAUCGCGAACGGCGAGCGCCGCGACGCGUGCGGCCCGCCCGCCGACGGGGGUUCCCGGGCCUGGGUCGUCAUGCUGGCGUCGUUCUUCUGCAACGGGAUCUUGUUCGGGGUGAUUAACUCCUACGGGGUGCUGUACAAGGAGCUGCACGACAGCCUGAUGGCCAGGAACGUGACCAAUGCCGCCGGACAAGCAGCGCUGGUGGGUUCCUUCUCGAUGGGAACAGUCUUCCUGGUAUCUCCCGUAUCGGGAGUGCUCACCGAUCUCGUAGGCAUAAGGAAAACCACGUUCCUCGGCGGCGCCAUCGCCUCCACGGGCAUGUUCCUAUCGUCGUUUUUCACCGAAAACAUCAUUGUUUUGUGCAUAACGUACGGAGUGAUGUACGGCCUCGGAGGAGCGUUGGCUUACACGCCAUCGCUGGCCGUCCUGGGGCACUAUUUCCAGAAGUAUUUGGGCAAAGUAAACGGGUUCGUAGCCGCAGGGAGCUCAGUCUUUUCCGUCAUCAUGCCCUGGUUUAUGACCGCUAUUAUCGAGAAAUUCGGGUUAGAAUGGACGCUGAGAAUCCUGGCGGCGAUGUCGAGCAUGAUAAUGGUGAUAGCCUUCCUGUUCAAACCGACGAGAAGGGCGGAGUUCAAGAAGGAGGAUUUCGAAAGGAGGAAAAGGAUCUCGUAUAGAGACGUCUUCAACGUAUCCCUGACGAAGAAUUUCAAAUAUCUAAUAUGGGUCGGGGUGAUAGCGGUGUCCCUCUUCGGCUACUUCGUUCCCUACGUACUGAUGUUGAAGUUCGUCGAGAAGAAUUUCGAUAAAAUGUACGACACCAAGUUGCCCAUUAUGUGCAUAGCCAUUACAUCAGGUGUAGGUAGGUUAAUAUUCGGUACUAUCGCUGAUUUACCGUAUAUUAACAGGAUGUAUAUACAGCAGAUAAGCUUCUUUAGUAUCGGCGUUAUGACGAUGCUGUUACCUUUCACUGCCGGCCACUACUCCUGGUUGAUCGUUAUUAGUUUAGCGAUGGGGAUUUUCGAUGGAUGCUUCAUAUCUUUACUAGGGCCCAUAGCAUUCGAUCUGUGCGGCAGGGAAGGAGCCACCCAGGCCAUCGGUUUUCUGCUGGGCGUGUGCGCCAUACCGCUAACGCUGGGACCGUACGUGGCCGGCGUGAUUUUGGACAGGACCGGCAGUUACACCGUGCCGUUCAUAGUGGCGGGCGUGUCGCCGGUCAUCGGCUCCGUCGGCCUGUUCCUGGUCAAGUGCGUCGAGGGCAAAGCGACGAGCCAAGUCAACGGGCGUCCGCCGGCCGUCACGGAACCGCUGAACGAAAAAGGUAGGCUGUUGAAGGGUUGUAGGAUAUCCGAGGGAUCCGGUUUGUCGGAUGCCAAAUCUACUAGGUUGUACGAUUACUCGUCUUUGUGA